UCCGCGCCAUACCGGGCGCAUCACAACUGGCUGCGCGCAUCCUGCGCCUCUCCGACUCGGAACUACUACUGAGGAUUUAGCCCCGCGCUGGGAGCCUGCCUGGGGCUCUUCUGGAGUGGGAGAGAAGCUGUGCGAUUGGGAGAGGGGGUAGAAGGCUGCAGUGUGGGGUUUGGGAGAGAUUUGAAGACAGAGAAGAGGAGAAAACAAGAAAGUGCAAGUAUACUGAGAUGAGAGUGCAAGCUUACAUGCCACAAAGUACAGUAUACAGACAAUAGAGGGGAGGGUGGGUUACAGACAGGCAAAAAGAGAAGGUUAAGAUUAGAGAUAAGAAAUUGCCCACUUUUAUGUAAGAGAGUGUUUGUACAGCUCGGAGAGUGCAAGUUUGUUGGAGAGUGCAAGCUGAGAGAUAGGAGACAAGCUAGCAAGCAAUAGAGUGCAAGCUUACAGACAUAGGAAGGAGAGUCAGCAGGCAGUAGAGUGCAAGCUUACAAACAAGAGACAACUCAUUAGGCAGUAGAGUGUAAGCUUACAGACAAGAGACAACUCAUUAGGCAGUAGAGUGUAAGCUUACAGACAAGAGACAAGUCAUCAGGCAGUAGAGUGCACGAUUACAGGCAAGAGACAAGUCAGCAGGCAGUAGAGUGCAAGAUUACAGACAUGAGACAAGUCAGCAGGCAGUAGAGUGCAAACUAAUAGACAAAACACAAGUCAGCAGGCAGUAGAGUGCAAGCUUACAGACAAGAGACAAGUCAGUAGGCAGUAGAGUGCAAAACUUAGUGACAGUGAAGAGAGAGAGAGAAUUUGCAGACAGGGGAGACGGAGGGGUAGAGAGCAGAAUCAGACAAAUAAGAGCAGAGACAGGGAAGUGACUGAGUGAAUUUGAGAAAGAGGGGGAGGGAAUUGGGGGAAAGGCUCCUGGUGCGUUGGUGCCCCUCCAAAAAAUUAAGGACAUUUGGGCCUUUUAUUUUAGGAAUGAAUGCUGAUCCCUGUGUGUCUUAUUGUGAUCCCCCUGCCAUGGAUUGUUACUAUAGCCCGACUCCGCAGGGCAGGGAGCUACAGACUUCUCCUUUUAGGGCAUUUCAGCCCAGUGAUAAGUUUAGCCCAGUUUUCCUGGCCAGUAAAGGACAAGGCUUUGGAGACAAGUCCAGGGGCUCUUUCCAGCAGGAGUGCCAAUCACUGGAUGCCAGUGGCCAGAGCAGCACAGGAGAGCAACAAGGCUCCUUCUCCAAGUACCAGGCACAUCACCCAUCCCAUCAGCACCAGCAGCCGACUCACCUCUACAUGCAGAGCACCCCUUGUAAAUCCCCAUCAGACAGCCUGAAACUACAGGACAGCCCCGGCGACCCCCUGAUACCCUGCUACGCUAAAGAGAGCUCCUUGACCCCAAACAGCGACCAUCAGGGAAUGGAUAGUGGAUACAUUACCAGCAAGGAGACUGCAGGGAAGGGCUCCCAAGACAGAGACCUCCCGAUGGACAAAGCCGACUCUGAGAGCAACAAAGGGAAAAAAAGGAGGAACAGGACUACCUUCACCAGUUACCAACUUGAGGAACUAGAGAAGGUCUUCCAGAAGACGCACUACCCAGAUGUCUAUGCUCGGGAGCAGUUGGCCAUGAGGACUGACCUGACGGAGGCCAGAGUGCAGGUUUGGUUCCAAAAUCGAAGAGCCAAGUGGAGGAAGAGGGAGAGGUUCGGACAGAUGCAGCAGGUGCGCACUCACUUCUCCUCCGCCUACGAGUUGCCCCUUCUGACCCGAGCGGAGAACUACGCCCAGAUUCAGAGCCCCUCCUGGAUCGGGAAUAACAGCGGCGGUUCUCCAGUUCCAGCCUGUGUGGUGCCCUGCGACCCCGUCUCCUCCUGUAUGUCGCCCCACACUCACCCUCACUCAGCGGGGGGAGUCUCAGAGUUCCUCAGCGUCUCGGGCCCCGGAGCUCACAUGGGGCAGACGCACAUGGGGGGGCUCUUCGGCAGCGCGGCUAUGGGCCCCGGUAUAAAUGGCUACGACUUGAACCCCGAGCCCGAUCGAAAAAGUUCCAGCAUUGCAGCGCUCAGGAUGAAAGCCAAAGAACACAGCGCGGCCAUGUCCUGGGCAACAUGACAGAUCUGCCCCCAAGUGACGUUACGCCCUCCCCCCUCUUGUUUCGAUUUUGCAGAGGUCAAAGGUGACAACUAUAACCGUGGCGCUGUCCCAGCAUGCAUCACAGGCCGACCCAACCGGACAAUAACAUGUAACUGCAGCCAGAGGGGGAGCCGACAAAUAAAGCACAACCAUAAUCAGGGAUGAUCAACCCUAAUAAUCAGGGAGGCCGACCCAACCCCCUCCCCGAAAACUCUGUCCUGCUCCUUGCACCCCGGGCAGGGGAAAAGUGGACCCCUCUCAGCACUAUAUUCACAGGAAUUCCGGAUUAUCAGCCAACAUUGAGAUCUGCGACCAAGUGUAAACAACCCCCCCCCAGCACCAAAAACAGACCCAGGCCUGGGGGCAAAGAAUGGCUGCCAAGUCCCUGGGAUGAUACAGAGUCUCUGUGAUCCGGUGUCUCUUUAUAACAUUGUGUGUGGGUUGUUUGGCUUCUAACUCAUUUCAUGUCUGGAGGGCUGAGCUGUCUUUAGUAGGGGGGACAUGUAGAUGGACUCUCCCGUGUACCCCACACAUUUAUAUUUUUUCUGCGUUUGUGGCAUAAUGUGUAUAGUAAGGCAAGGUGGGGUCAGGGGAAGGGGCUGUACAUGGAUGGUUGCUUGGGGUGAGUUUGGAGGUGGGUGGCGGACCCCCCUCUCUGAUUGUAUAAUAGUCCUGACCCCUCCCCUACGGAGUCUGAUCCCACCCAUAUACAUAGCUCCCAACAUUUUGGAAAUAGAAAGAGGAACAAAAAGAUUUGCCUCUGCAAUUUUUUGACCACGCCCAUUC